AUGGACACCGCAGGCAAGGUCUUCACCCGCCAGGAGCUGGAGCUCAUCGCGCGCCUCGCACAGCAGCACGGCGCCUAUGUGCUGUCUGACGAGGUCUACGAGCACCUCACCUUCCCCGGCGGCCUCCCGCACGUCUCCAUUCGCGGCCUGCCCGGCAUGCGCGACCGCACGAUCCGCUUGGGCUCGGCUGGCAAGACGUUCAGCCUCACGGCCUGGAAGGUCGGCUGGAUGGAGGGCCCGGAGCGGCUGCUGGGGCCCUGCGUGAAGGCGCACCAGUUCCUGGUGUUCACGGUGCCGAGCUCGCUGCAGCGCGCGGUCGCGGGCGCGCUCGACGGCGCCGACGGGCAGGCGUUCUAUCACGGGCUCGGCGCCGAGUGCGCGCGGCAGCGCGCGCUGCUCGCGCCGCGGCUGGCGGCCAUCGGGUUCGACAUCCUGCCCGCAGAGGGCACAUACUUCUUGGUUGCUGACGUGGCGAAGUUCCUGCGGGACGGGGAGGACGACGUCGGCUUCGCCAAGCGGCUAACGGCGGAGGCGGGCGUGACGGUGAUCCCCGUGUCGGCGUUCUACGCCGACGCGUCGCGCGCGCCGCGGUCGCUGGUGCGGUUCUGCUUCUGCAAGCAGGACUCGAAGCUGCAGGAGGGGUGCCGGCGGCUGGAGGAGUACUUUGGUGGCGCGGGCAACGGGGCGGCAGCGGCGGCAGGCGCGGAGGCCGCGGCGGGUUUGGCACCGUGA